CAUCCUUUUUGUGUGUGUUUUCUUUUUUGCCAUCUCUGGAAUGGUUUCAGUCACUGUGGGAACGUGUAACAUUUCUUCCUGAGGCUUUGAGCACCUGCUAUGUGUCUGGUGUGGAAAUUACCUGGUGGAAGGUGUACAGCGGGAUCCGGUCUGGGAGGACAGGACAUCUGCAACUGAUAAAGCUCCAUUUCUUCUUCUUCUUCUUUUUCUUUUUCUUUUUUUUCUAACCUGUGCGUAAUGUAUGUGGAAUGAAAGGAUGGAUAUAAUCUGGGAAAUACUGAUCAUUCUCCAGGCCAAUUUUAUUGUCUGCAUAUCAGCACAGCCGAAUCCGCCGAAAAUUCACGAAGGAUGGUGGGCGUACAAGGAGGUGGUGCAGGGGAGCUUUGUUCCAGUGCCGUCGUUCUGGGGGCUGGUAAACUCGGCCUGGAACCUGUGCUCGGUGGGGAAGAGGCAGUCGCCAGUCAACAUCGAGACCAGCCACAUGAUCUUUGACCCCUUCCUCACGCCAAUAAAACUGAACACAGGUGGACGCAAGGUGGGAGGGACGAUGUACAACACGGGCCGCCAUGUCUCUCUACGAUUGGACAAGGAGCAUCUGGUGAACAUCUCUGGAGGGCCAAUGACAUACAGCCAUCGUCUGGAGGAGAUCCGGCUACACUUUGGCAGCGAGGACGGCCAGGGCUCUGAGCACCUGCUGAAUGGACAGGCCUUCUCUGGAGAGGUUCAGCUGAUCCACUACAAUCAUGAGCUGUACACAAAUUACACAGAAGCUGCUAAAAGCCCCAAUGGACUGGUCAUAGUGUCCAUAUUCAUGAAGAUUGCUGAGACGUCGAACUCAUUCCUGAACCGAAUGCUGAACAGAGACACCAUCACAAGAAUAACGUAUAAAAACGACGCCUACCUGCUGACCGGCCUGAACAUAGAGGAGAUUUACCCGGAGACGAAUAGUUUCAUCACAUACGACGGUUCGAUGACCAUCCCUCCGUGCUUUGAGACGGCCACGUGGAUCCUGAUGAACAAGCCGGUGUACCUCACACGUAUGCAGAUGCACUCCCUGCGCCUGCUGAGCCAGAACCAGCCGUCUCAGAUCUUCCUCAGCAUGAGCGACAACGUUCGCCCGGUCCAGCCGCUCAACAACCGCUGCAUCCGCACCAACAUCAACUUCAGCAUGCAGGGGAAAGACUGCCCCAACAACAGGGCCCAGAAGCUGCAGUACCGAGUGAACGAGUGGUUGCUAAAGUAAGCCUCCCUUGGAUGAGCAUGGAGACGAGUGUCAGAGAUAGAGAGCGGGAGGAGGAGAAGGAAGGAGGAAGGAGGAUGGAGAAGGGAAGGAUGUGAACCCGGGCUUUAAGGCUGCAUCUCAUCUAAGAUUACUUCAUGGCAUUGUAAAAAGACAAACAACACCAAGACAUUAUCCGAGCGAAGGAGCAGAGAGACUCUUCUUUUCAUACAUGCUGAACUGUGUGAACCCUUGAUCUGACACAUCUAACACGAGUCCUUUCCCCCACUGCACAACUAUAUCUAUACGGACAUUUUGAUACCAAUACUUUUUUUGGGAGAAAACAAAAAAAAAAAAAGACACUUGGAAACAAUUAAAAAAAACAAACAAAAAAAUAAAAACCAUGUGGAAGCGUUUAUUUGAAAGCUUCCCGACCCACAGGACAACGUUGGGACUUUAAAGCCUUUGUACAUAAAGAUGUUGCGA